AUGUCGUUUUGUUCGUCUAUAGCAACCCCACAGUCUCUGUCUCUCUUAUCUAAAACCAAGCCCAUUAUCAAUGGAGGAGACUACAAACUGGGCUCUCGCUUUAGAGCUUCUGCUGACGUCCCUGAUUUUCUCUCUGCAGAUUGGCUUGAAUCUCGAAGGAAGAAACCAUUUGGCCCAAGAUUAAAUUUUAGUGCAGAAGAGGCUGUUAAAUGCCAGCUUGAUGCAUUGAAGUAUAACGAUCAACCUCGUCAGGAUUAUGGGAUUGAGGUUAUGUAUAGGUUUGCUGGAUUUGAUCCUUUCGAAAGGUCAACUUAUUUUGGACCAUUUUUUGAUUUGGGGCAGUUUGAAAGGUUUAGGAGGAUUUUUCACCAUUCGACAUAUCGAGUGUUGCUUGGUCACAAGGAGAGGAAGAUCUUGAGCAGUUUGUUCGUGGAAGAGAAUCGAUUCAAACAGAGGAUAUGGAUUCGAGGGAAUCGGCCUGAGGAGGAAGAAAUAUUUCAAUUUACCAUGGUUCAGAGAGUCGGUGGUUCAUGGGAUGGUUAUUGGCUGACAGAGUCUCUUCUUCAUGACGGAGAUGCUUUAGCUGGUGGUUUGGCCUACUAA